CCCAGAAUUCCCACUCCUUCCUGGUCAAACCACCACAACAGCUCAAGGCUGCAGCAGGGCCUGGCUGCUCAGUCCACUUGGACUGAUUCUCCUUGAUCCAGGCUCCUCGCUAGGAUUUGCUCACUGCAGAUGCUCCGUUGUCCUGCAGCAAAGUUCCCUGCAAAAGCAGGGGCAGAAACCUCACUGUUGCCCUAAAGCAGGUCGAAUCCAGCUACCCAAGGGCAGCAUGGAGCAAUGAAGACAGAGUCAGUCAGUUUGUCCAUCCUCAGACCUGCUGUGUGAUCUAAUGCUCUUUAGGCUGCACCACUGCAGCUGCACCAUUGCAUCCACUGCCUGGAGGAGCUGACAUGGGAAAUGCUGUGUGUUAGUCUGGUGUAACACCCAAAAAACAAAAUUGACAGAACCAUCAAAUGUGCAGGAAUUUUUUUAUGCCUUUAAAGCUCCUGUUCUCCCCACUUUCCUGUGCUCCCAGCCUCGACCUGGAGAAAACAGAAGUCACACUGUCCUGUUGGAGCACUAUUAGAGGGAAAUUCACUUGUUUGAUCAGCAUCACUCUAGUAGGAGAGAUCUCAAAGAUGAUGCCUUAAACAACAGGUGAGUCAGGGAAACAGAUUUGAGAGCUAUUUACACCUGUGAGAGAGAAUUUUUUCUUUUCUCUGCUCUUUUUUAGGGGCUGUGAGAUGGUCAUGUGUCCCCUCUGUUGUAGGUCUUCUCUGGUGCCUGUCAACAGAACCACUCUGAGUGCACUAAGCAAAGGGAGUAGCAGCUGUCACACACUUUUCUUCUUUUAUCCUCAUUGUAAAAUAUAAAUACACCGAGGCAGCCUCUUUUGGGAAUUUGGGGAAAUUCCCAAUUGGGAAUUUGGGGAAAUUCCCAAUUCCUCUUCUCAGGCUGGGAACUAGACCCUGACCCUGGUUUUGGGAAACAUUUCAACGUGUGACUGAGCCACAUCACUGUCCUGUUAGCAAAGAGAAACAGCAGCACUCCCAGAUAGUGCUGGGGUGAGCUCUGCACAGUGUGGAUGUUCUUACCCAGGGGCUUCUCUCUCACUUGGAUUUUGGGGCAAUGAGAGGUGAGGGGAGGGCAGAGAAUGUGCAGAGCUGGCAGGGAGGCACUUUCUUCUAGCAAGAGGUUUUGUUGGUAGCCACUGCCAAGGGCUAUGAACUUGUGGGACUAUAGACUCACAGCCCAGCUCAGCACCCAAAAGAGAGGAGAAGUCCUGUUUCUGCUAAUGGCAUUUGGGGCUCAGGCAGAAGGAAGUUUGAGCUUGUUGUACUGUCUUCCCAGGGCUGGAUUUGGCCCCUGCCCAACAGAGCUACGUUUCUAAUGUACAUCUCUCCAACAGAAAUACUGUAGGUACAGGUCCUGCUUCUGCUCUGGUGUUUGGGCAGUGAAGUGGGUGAUGUUCCCACGGGAAUGGGGUCGGUAGCCAGACCAGGCUCCCUGCAGGUACACAGCCAGCACGCCUGAGCACGAGCUUGGCAAGUUAAUGGGGCUCCCCCUCUCCUUGUGGGGAUUAUCGGGAGCACUCAGUCAACAGGCAGUUAAUGCACCACACAACAGGAGCUUUCUUCUUGCCUGCUACUGCUGGCUCCCAGGGAGGGCUGGAAUGGCCUUGGGGCAGGUGGGCAACAGAAGCUAUCCUGAAUCCCAUUAAAACAUUUAACACCUGCUGAAUCGUGCCAUUGUUUGGGAGAUAAAGGGAAGGGAACAAAGCUGCUCUUGGGCUUCCCUGACAGGGUGUCUGCUGUCCCAUUGCAGCUGGGGAGCCUGAAUCUCCUGCAAAGCCCCACUUGGUGGGUCUCUGUGUCAGUGUGAGGAAGGCAGCAGUGUUAGGGGACAAAGAAUCAGCCAUUCCCUGGUUGGAAUCAUCCCCUUCUCCCUCUGUAGAGUGUAUGAGGUGGGAGCCUGGAAAAGUCCUGCAGUGUCUGAAGAACAAAAGUGUGAGGGUGAUCCUUCCAAAACCCUUGGCAAAGCUGGACAGACCCUUCACCCCUGGCCUCCUGUCUCUAAAGUACUGGGCUCUGCUGGCUCAGCUGUGUCACCUGGUGUUUGGGAUUGGGAGCCAUGCUCCGGCCAGGACAGGGCCCCAUGCUGGCUCCUGAUGGACACAAGAGGUGCUCUGCUGUGAGCCAGUCAGUCCUCAUGGGACAGUGGAGCAGCACAAGCCCUGGGCUGCUGCAAGAGGAGGCUGAGGCCGCCUUUCCAAGGCCAGCCCUACUAAGAGCUCAGUCCUGGUGCUGCCCACCUGCCUGACAGGGAAGGGCACAAACUGGUAAAUGCUGCCCCAGAGAUGCCAGAACAGAAGCACGAAAUUCCCCAGGGUAGCAGUGCAGUGCAGGGUACUCUGCAAGCUCAAGGGACCUGCUUUACUCAUGUUUUCUGUAAAGCAGCCCUGCAAGGACAGUAUUUGCUGCUAUUUAGUGGGAGAGAUGCUUUCUUGCAGGAGCAGGCUGGGGUGAAAGAGCAUUUCUGACACAGCAUGCAGGCUUGGAGAUGUCUGCUGGCACUGCAGCAGCACCUGUGGUAUUUGGGGUUUUUGCUUCUCCAGAAAGAGGGGGCAGCCUAUGCCAGGAGCUGCAGCUCUGCUAUGCUGGUGUGUGGCAGGGCAGGGAGGGGUGGCAGUCCUGUCCAGCACACUUCCCAUACCAGGAAAGGAGAAAUAUGUAAGUCCAACAUCACCGCCUGUACAGCACCAAAAGGAGGGGGAACAUCACACUUCUUCAUGGCACUACAACCCAGAGCAUUGGUGGUAUUGCAUUUCCUAUGCUGCCAAAACUAUUGAAAAAGGGCCAGGAUGAGCAAGGCCAGCAGGCUGGCAUCACUCCAGCCAGGCCUGGGAGACCCCAGGCUGCAGAGGCAGCGGCAGGCAGGAGGGCUGGAGCCUGCCUUUCAAAAUCCGGAGUGUGAGAGGGUCAAGGUUCCAAGGAAGAAGAAUUGGGUGGCAGUGGCUGCUAAGGAUCUGCCACUAUGCUCUUAUAUUUGGGAAUGCAUUUACUGCAGCCUGCAAGUACACUCCAGCUCUGGAGGGAGAAAUGGUGAUGGUUUCUAAAGCACACCCAGGACAAACUCCUGCAGGUGUACGCCGUGGGGGUUAAAGCAGCGUUACCCCCUCCCCACCCACAAACACACCCAUCUACACAAACAAACAGGCCACUGCACUUGCACAAAGGAGCUUCUCCUGCCACUGCUGCUGCACUUCAUGCUCUGUUAUCCGAGGAGUUGUGGGUGCCAGAGUAACUGGGAGAGAGAGCCCAGCUCCUGCUGGCUCUGGCUGAGAUCAGCACAGGGCUGCCAGCACUGAGCCCUGGAGCUGGGCACUGGAGGAGUGUCCAAACUUCUGCUGGCUUCCAUGAGCUCUGCUCCCAGAGCCAGCACAGGCUCUGGUUAACCUGCUGGGCAGUGACACAGCUGGGACACGAGGGUGCUGUGACUCUGGGAUGCAGUGACCCACGGGGAAGCAUGUGCACAUGGAGUGAAACACAUCCUGUUCCAGCUGCUGCGCUAGGACAGCUGGCUCCUGGCCUGUGUGGCCAUGCAGGGAACAUUCCCAAAGAGAGUGCUCCCAAAGUUUUGUUGAGCUGUGCUUUGCUGCCUAGCUCAGAAGUCUGUGCAUUGCUCUAAAAGACGUGUGAGCAUUGCGCUGGUGUGCCAUGGACAUUUUCAGCAUGAGUGGGGGGACUGGGAUAAGAACAAGGAAGACUUUUCUAUCACUGGCACUCAGACUGCUGGGGGUAGGCACUAGAUUUGAUUUUCUGCCCUGAGACUUCACAAUUCCCUGCCUUUUCAGCAGCCCAAAAUACUGCAAGAAAGUCACUGCUAUCCUAGAGCUGCCCAGGUAGCGUGUCCUCACAGCUUCUUCCCCUGGCCCCCUGCUCUCCUCUCAUCUCUGCUGCAAAGUGAGCCAGGCAGGUGGGUGGAAAAGUGACAGCUGGUGUUGUUCCAGUGCAGGUUAAUGAAUGUCUCCUCCUCUCCCCCCCACCUCCUCCUCCCCACCACCCCAGCACCCAGGCUCCUGGCUCCUAUCAGCCCAUCAGGCUCCCAUUAACAAAGGCAGCCCUGGAGAGUUUGCAUAGAGACCUGCUCUGCCUCUAAUCUAGGUGGGCUAAUCGCCUCCCUUGCCCAGCCUGCCUUCCCUGGGUCAAUAUUUGCUCUGAGCAAACACAGAGCUGUGACAGGUGUGCUGGGGAGAAGGCUCGCUGCCGCCAGCCCAGCCCUCCUGCCUGUCUCUGCUCAGUCACAUCUCUCCGGCCCCCCGAUCACCGGCCAGCCAGCGCUAUUUUUAUCGGGACUAUAAAAGCCCCAUCCAGCCAGCGUCACCCUCAUUUUCUGCCUGUGAGCCGGCGGGGGAAGGCGAAGCCACUCACCUGACAGCUGCCAGCGUGUCACCGGAGCCAGGUGAGCUGCUAGAGCCCAGCACACCUUGGCCAGGAUCCUGCCUGCCUGCCUGGGAACAGGGCACUGGGCACGGAGAACAUCCUGGGGGCUUUCCCGAGACAAGGACUGGGAGUCCGGUCACACACCCGAACUCCCGGGGAGGGAACGGGCUCGGGGGACACCGUCCAGCCUGUCCCCUUUCCUUAACUCCUCUCUCACCUGUGUAUUCCAAUCCUUUCUGUUCCCCUCCCCUCCUCCAAUUACUUUCUUCCUUUCUUCCCUGUUCUCCACCCUGCCAUGCCAGUUAACUUGCCCCUGCUCUGUUUGGCUUUCCCAGGCAGCAGGUGUCAAGCAUCCCCUUUCCAGACUUUACCCCCGGAGGAGCCGGUUUGGAGCGGCAUGCGCAGCAAAGAACACCCAGCCCGGACGGAUCCGGCUCGGGAGGAAGGGGCUGCCGGAGCCCAGGGCAGAGCACCCCUCCAGCCCACACUGUCCCAACUCGGAGCAUCUCUGCACUUGCCUGGCGUCGAGCCCCACGUGCAAUACCUGACCUGAACGUUUUGUUCGUUCGGCUCGCGUUAGGCAGGUCCAGCCCAUCUGCAGGCGCACGGCCGCAGGCGCUCACCCGGCCCCGCCGCAGCCGCUGCAGCGCGGAGGGAGCACCCGCCUGCCUGCAGCUGCUGCGGGACACACGGACACCCAGCGUGUGCCACACGGACGCACAGGUUGUGUGCCACACGGACACCCAGCGUAUGUGCCACAUGGACACCCAGUGUGUGCCACACGGACGCACAGGUUGUGUGCCACACGGACACCUGGCGUGUGUGCCACACGGACACCCGGCCUGUGUGCGGAGCAAAGGGCACCGGGGACAGGCACAGCACACAGUCUCACCCAAACACAUGCAGCAGUGAGCAGCCAGUGCACACAGAUGAAGCAAUCCACACAUAGCAUGCAGGAACGCCAUGGGACUGCCACAUGGCACUGUAGGACCCGGUGACAGUGGUACACACAGCCUUUCUGGCACUCAGCUUUGUAGGCUGUAACGUGCAGGACCCGUGUCCAUGUGCCCACGGCAUGGCAGGCACAUGUCAGAUGCUAGGCACACACAUCCUGCCUGUGUGGCUUAGUGCUGCCUGUAGCAGCCUGCUGGGGAAGGGCAGCCUGGCCCUGGCAGCACUGCAGAGCCAUGGCAGGCACACAGAGCCCUGGCACGGUGCUGGCCCAGGGUGGAGCUUGGCAGGCUCUGCCAAGCACCCAGGUAGGUCUCAAUGGUCUGCUGGCACCCAGGGAGCUUUAGCUGCUGACGGUGAAGCAGCAGGAGGGAGGGCAGGAGCAGGCAGCAGGAGCAGGGCAGAGGAUGAGGGGUGUCACAUCCUUCCUCGCCUCCCCCUGCCUUGAUUCACCUGCAGGACCUGCAAUUCCCAGCCCUUCCAGGUCUGUCUGACUGUCCAGGGCAGGUGUUUCCUGUUGUGCACCUGAAGCCUGCGGGCCAGGUGCCAGAUCCUGCUGGUGACAAUCCCUCUGCCUCUGCCUGCUGUGGAAGGAUAAGGGAGGUGGUACUGGCAAGCUGGUUUGUCUCUUCGAGGACAGCCCUGCUCAAUGCCUGCCCUGCUCUCCAAGCACAAGUACCUGACCUGGACUCCUGUCCCAUUCCAUGUCCUGUCCCAUCCCUCUCCCCCAGCAGCCAGAGAAGACAUUCAGAGCCUGGAGCUGCUCCUAGCACCAUGGAGGCUGCAGGGAGUCAUGGAGAGCUAGGAGGUGGAACAGCAGUAAACCUGCUUUUCUCCCACCUCAGGAUAUUUUUUGGGAAUGGAAAGAUCCUUCACCUCCCUACUGUCUAUGCCUGGCUCUGCCUGUGAUUUCUCUGCUAGCCCUGAGCUGCUUCUGCCCUGCCCUCAGGCACAGGCACUUCUGUAGCACAGGAUCCAGUUCUAGUCCUGCCAUGCUCAGGGAUGUGCUGAGUUUACAGGUGGAUCCUGAGCCCAUCUGCAGCCUCUCUGCAAACACUAAAAAAGCUCAGCCCAUCCACCCAGUGUGGACAGAGGAGAGGUUGGAGUGAAGGAGCUCAGGAGUGCUCUGUUCACUCAGGGGCUCGGAGGAGCUCUGUUCAAAGGGAUAGGAUGGUUCUUGCUGCUUUCCCUCACUCCCAUGCAGCUAUGCACAGGACAAAGCUCAGCAGCCCUGGUCCCAGAGCAGGAGAGUCCUGGUGCCUCCUUGGGGUGCCCCUGCAAGGGGCAGAAAUGAGGCACCUCCUAGGCUUCCUCUUUGGGCAGAUGCUUUAGGAGUUUCCAUCAGGUGGUGUAGGUAGGGGCCAAAAUCAAAGAGCAUCUCCAGGGUUACCGCGCUUCCUGCAUCCCUCCAGAGCUAAGGCUCCAUCCCAGCCUGGGAACAGCCCCAGGACCAUGCACUGAUUGGCCGUCAUUGUGGUCAUGGGCCCCUGGGGCUGUGUCUCCAGGCUCCUUGUCCCCUGCUACCAAUCCUGGCAAAGUUGAAAAACCAAGAAAGCACAACACAUCCCCCGAUAUGCACAACCCUCUGCAGCUGCCCUGCUCAGGCUGGGAUCAAACAGAACAUGAUUAAUAACUCUGAGCAAAGCCAGACCCUGUGUCCAUGUGCUGCAGUGGCUGCACGUGUGUCCCUGUGGGGGCAGAGCCUGGGAGAUGCUAUCUGGCAGAGCAAGGCUCUGAAACGCGGCUGUGCCGCCUCUGCCUUCGCUGCCUGCUCCAGCCCUCUGGGCUGUCUUGUGCCCUGGGUUAUGUGUCCCCCUGCCACCUUCCCUGUCACUGCUGUCACUGCCCCAGCUCUGCCAGCCCAGGGGCACUGGGAAACUGUGAAAGCCUUCUGAGGUGGGAUGGCCCCAGCAGCCACACUGCCCUGAGGCUGUGUUACCUGGGGAAUGACUCUGGCAGGAUCGGCACCCAGGGGUGAGCUGCUGCUCACAGCAGGCAGAGCCAGAGGCAUUAAAAACCCAUUUUAAUGUCAGAGCCAGUGCUGGCACCACCGGUACCAAGGCUGGCAUGGCAUGGGGCACUGCAGGGUAUUGCUGCCUGUGCUGGGUGGUUGUUCCCCAAACCCAAGGCUCUGCAUGGCCAGUGGCACGGCUUUGGGGAACUGGGGACCUGGGCUGGGGAUUUCCGUGGCACAGUUCCUCACCAGGAGGAUUUGCAUGGAGAGGGCAGGGUGCAGGAGGAGCACUGGGGAGCUGCAACUGCCCAGGUUUGGAUUUGCACAUAGGUGUAGUUUCACCCAGGUGUGUAUGUGCAUGCAUGCCUGUGUAUUUGCAUAGGUGUGUGCACAGCUGGUGCAUCCCUGUCCUGUGUGUGCCUGUGUGUGUGUUCUGCUGAGCUGAACAGUGCUGGCCAUGCCCUGUGUGCUUGCUGCUCUGUUUCCUGGUGUGUGCAGCUGAAGGUGUGGGUGGGAGCAGAGGUGUGCACUGCUGCUGGCAGCCUCUGGGCUGCCCAUGUCCUGCCCAGCCCGGAUGGGGUGUGCCAUCCUGGGGCAGGCCCUGUUUCACUUCAGGAUGUGGGAGAAGCAGCUGGUUGCCCUCAGCACACCAGGGCCGCAGCAGGGACCAGCCCCCAGGGCUGUGUGGGCUCCUCAGGGGCCGAGAACCAGGGUGGUGUGAGCAUCCCUAGCCCUCAUCUGACCCCACUCAGCCUGUUUGGCCCAGUUCUGCUGUGCCUGAAGGAGGUGCCCAGGCAGAGCAGGAGCUCCCUGCCCCUCAGAGUCUGUCCCAGCACCUCUGUGGGUGCCCAGACAGUUUGCACAAGGAGACAGGCUGCCUGUGACACUGGGGAUGAGCUAAUGUUGGAGGCCAGGGUGCUGCUCCAGCCUGCUCCUGGCAUGGGCAGGCCUGGGAGGGAGCAUAGGGACUGUCCUCACUCUGUGCUGGGGUCCUGCACUCCCCUUGCCAGGCUUCAGAUACUGUCACCAGGCAAUGAAUCCACCCCCCACACCACCCCCAGCUGAAGACAAUAAGCAGAGGCAGUUUUCAGUCUGCCUGGGUUCUGGGACAAGCUUUUCCCCCUCUGUCAGACAGGGUGGAUGGGAGAGGUGGGUCCCAGGCAUGGAUCUGCAUUCUGCUGUGGUGAAACUUCAGGAAUUGCACACUCCAGCCCAUUCCUGGCCAUGGGAAGUAUCAGGGACAGCAUAUGUACAGCCUGGCAUCCUCUCCCCUGCACCCACACACCUCUGGGUGAGGGGACAUGUUUUAAAAUUGCCCAAAAAAUGUUUUUGAACCCCCAUUAGAGAAGGGAAUAAGGGAGAGCCCUGAUGAAGGAUUUGAGAUGCUGGGAGGGUAAACCCCAGAGCUCAUACUUGUCCUGCAUCUUGGAGCACAUCAGCCCCAUCCUCCCACAGUGCCUCCAGGGAAGGGGUGAGUGCUGGGGCUCCUCUCUUCCCAGCCAUGGCUCUGGGAAGUGCGUGGGCAGCCUGCCCAGGGAUGGACACUGAGCAGGCUGCCAGGGCUGCUGCUCCUGGCCCAGCUAUUGCUGGCUGCAGGAGCCCUGAGGCAGCUGAGGCAGGAUGUUCUGUUCCUGUGGCCGUGCCUGGCUCAGCCCCCGCCUGUGCUGAUCCUCAGGGCUGCUGGAGGAGGGGACCCAACCUCUCCAUCUGCCUCCCGAGUGAGCAUCACCCAGCUUGGGGUGCCUGCCGCUGCAGAUGGGGCCAGCAGGGCAGUGCAGGAGCCCUGGGGAGGAGCGGGACCUUGGCCAGGCGCCAGCUGAGCUGGUAUCCCUGGCUCUGAGGCUGCCAGGGGCUGCCAGCCUUAACCUUGCACUCUGCACCUCUAUGACAGCACCCUAUUUGCUAUAGGAAAGCUGGCAUCUGGGCAGCUGUGCUCACCCCUGGUGUCCCUCCACAAUGACGCAGUGCACUGAAGGACAUGCAUCAGCAGCUGUGACCAGGCCAGGCUGGGUGUGGGCUGGGAUGCGCUCCCCUGUCCCCAUCACUGCAGCCCUGGAGCUGGUCUGCACUGGGCACUCUGUGAGGACCAGCAAGCUCCUCCAGGACACUGAAGAUAUGGGUGCCCUGCAGGUGCCAGGCUGAGGCACCUGUGGUAACAAGCAGGAGGUCACAGUGGCUGGCAGCAGCAGGCUCCCUUCCAGGUCAGGAUCUGGAGCAGAGGAGCAGACACUGCCUUCCCUGCCCCAGUGCCUGGCAUCUCUGACUGGCUAAGAUGUGACAGAGGGGACAUCUCGGGCUGAAAGGGACAUGCCACCCUGGGCUCCCUUCUGGUUCUGUGCUGCUGUCAGUUCCCAGCAGGGCUGGGCUCAGCCUUUGCCAGCUGCUCACACCCAGGCUGUAAUCCACAGGCAGGAGGUAAGCAGCUGGCGGAGCCUCCCUGACCUUCAGGUGGGAUUAGUCCCCAUGGGAACAGUGGGGAGCAGGCAGGUGAGGCCACAGCUCCCCUGGCAGCUCGUGGGGACUGAGCACACCCCCAUGUCGGGACAGCCAGGCUCGGGUGGUGAAUGGGUGGCACGGGGUGAACCUGUGUCCCUGGGAGCAUCCUUGUCUUGGGGGGCUGCUGCAGGUGCAGCCCCAGAGCUGUGGGUGCCACAGGCAGGGUGGGCAGCCACAGCCCCAUAAGCAGGGGUGAGCAGCGUGCCUGGGGUGGUGCCAGGGGCACGGAACAGCUGGCAGCCCACACUGUGCGUGUGCACCUGCGUGGGAGCUAAUCCCUGCAACAUCUGCCAGGCUCCUGCUGUCCCAGGGGCUCCUGGCUGCAGGGGUGGCACGGCGGCGUGCGCAGGGGACACGUGCCUGUGGGGCAGCUGGCAAGUGCCAGGGCUCCCUGUGCGGGGCAGUGCCUGUCGGGAGGCUCCUGUGGCAGAUAUGUGCUGUACAUCUAUGGCUCAUGUGGCCAGCAAAGCCUCUGGAGGGGACAAGUGGCACUGGGGACCCCAGCAACCCUCUUGGCUCUGGGAUUCAGGAUCCAGCAGGUGGAAGAAGGGGUUUUGGCUGGGAUUGACCAGUCCUGGUGUGGCCAUGUUCAGAGCAGCCCUGAAGAACAGGUGACUGGAGAGAGAAGGAGGGUGAUUAUCGAGGAGAAUGAUUUCCCACAGAAAUGAGGCUGGGGGAGAAAGUGGAGGAAAAAGGAAGCAAUGGGGCUGUGUGGGGGCAAUGACACACCACCCCUGAUCUAAUCAGCCAGACCCUGCAAAUAAAAGCCACCUGUUUUGGCCCUGACAGCAGGAAGCCAUCCCUAGAACAAACAGAGCACCAGGCAACUGGAAGAAAGACAAACAGGGGCCGGCACCAGCUCCAUCUGCUCCUGUAGGGCCCAGCCCCCAGACGUCCAGCCCCCUGGAGUGCCGGUUCAGCCCCCCAGCUGGGCUGGGGAGAAGGGGAGAGCAGCUAGAGGUCCUUCAGGGUGUGACCAGGGCCCAGCCCAUGGUGCCAGCCAGGUGGACCACACACAGCUGUGCUGCCUUGGUCAGCCAGCCCAGAGAUUCAUUGAUGUUAGAUUCCUAACAUCGAUGGGUACAGCUGUGUAUUGCCACAGACAGGGCAUCAGCCCCAGGGUUCUGGGCAGCCCCUGCCUCACCUCUCUUCUGGCUGCCCUUCAGCCUGCUCUGCUCCCCCAGCUGUGCACAGGGUGCAGCCCCAUGCUCUGGGCUUGGCAGGGAGCACUUGGGUGCCCUUGUGCUCCCACCGUGCCCCUGGGCUUCUGCGCUGUGCCCAGUGGCACUGAGAAACAUGAUCUGUUUUGCUAGUGCAGGGAACAAGCUGAGCUGGGAGCUAGAGGGGCCCUUAUUAAAUUAGCCUAUGCAGGAGGCCCUGGGCGAGCGCUGAGCAGCUCCCACAGCCAGCAUGUGCAGCUGCCCUUGAGCAGAGUCACUCCUGCCCCCGCAGCAGCCUCUCUCUGCCCCAUGCCCAGCUGGGCAGGGGUGGCUGGGGGCUUGCAGUGACCCAGCCAGGCAAUGCUGGCUGGGGACAGAGAGCACCUGGCCCAGGGAGGACAGGCUGCAUCAGUGCUCUGGGAUGCAGCCAGGGACGGCUCCUUGUGAGUGACCCCACUGAUCCUGUGCCCUGCUGUGGCUGUGGCUCCCAUGUGGCUGCCCUGAAUGUACUGAGCAGGAGGUGAAGCACAUCCCAGUGGGUACAAUGUGCUGAAGAACAAGGGAGGGACACAGUCUGCAUCUGGAUUUCUCCUCUGUACCUUCCAGUGCUUUUAUCCAAUUGUUGCAUGGGGAUGGCUGAGUGGCUGGCUUGCUCCUCGUGGCACAGCCCCAGUGCCCCACAGAUGCUGUAGCACACCAUGCACUGCCCCACACAUGCACAUCCCACGUAUUCUGUGGUGUCUCGUGUGCUGGGGCUCUGUAAUACACCCCACAGUGCCCUGCCCCUCAGAGUCCCCAGCUGCCCUCAUGCUCAAGCACCCCAAACUAACCAGUGCCCCACAGCUCUGUUCUCACAGCCCAGGCAAGGCAUGGCAGCACUGUGGGGAGACCCUACAGUGCACUAGCUCUGCAUCUUGCCUCACCUUUGCCAAGGUGAUGGCUUCCCUAAAUGCUGCUCAGACCUGUCUUCCAGCAGUUUGAGAGAUGUCCCCAGGCCACCAGGCUGCACCAGAGUGCUCUUCCUUCUCCAGGGAGCAUCCCUAUCCUUCCCUCCACCUUCUGCUUCUUCAGAUAGCUCCAAGAGCAUCUCCCCCUCCCUGCCAGGAGCACUUCAGGCAACACAAGCUGAGGGUCGGCUCUCCAGCCCCUGUCCCCUGCCAAGGGCCACUGAUGUCCCUGAGCUGAGCGCGCUCCAAGCGCUGCCAGGCUGCACCCUCUGCUGGGACCCGCAGGCAUCGGCGCGGAUUCGCACCGAGCCUCGGGGCCACCGAGCAGUGGGGAGGUCACGAAGGGGACCCCCGAGUCACCCCUCAGUCCCCGAUUCUUUUUGAUGCCAGGCGUACUAACCCCACCCCCAGCUGCUCACACUGCAUUCUCCAUAACCAACAAUGGUCUCUUGUGAUGCUGACCCCAUGCCCAGGACCCCCAGAAGCGCUGGAGUUUUCCUGGAAAGGUUUGUGGUGCUGUGGUCCAGCCCUUGCCCAGUGGCCAGCGUGGCAUCUGCCCAGCUGAAGGUGGGGAGUGCUCGGCCUCACACAGACUACACAGGGAUGCUGCAAGAAACAGCUGCCUAGACACCCAGGAUUUCACAGCUCAACAGGGCCCUCUUCCUCCUUUCCAGCCUGUGCUGGCCUCGUCCAUCCCAGGUCCUGGUAGGAGCCACUGGGGAUAGCUGCAUGGUUGGUGCAGUUCCAGGCAGGGCUGGUGCUGCCCAGGUGAAGGACACAGCUCUGUCCCGAAGCUGGUCCCCUCCUGCUGUGCACAGUGUCCCUUGCCCCUGUGGGAGGGGAGUGGGAGCACAGGGAGCUCUUUCUCAAGCCAGGGGAAAUGCUUAGGGCAUUACAAGCAUGUAACUGGGGUCCAUCAGCCCCCAUUCUGCAGCCAGCUCAGGAAUCCCUGCAGGGCCUGGCUGGAAAAGGAGCCCAUGGUUGCACAGUCCCACGUGGAGGGGCAGAAGCAGCCCCAGAUAAGCCCUGUGUUCCAGCGUGAGGACAUGAGUGCCCCUCAGCUCGCAGAAGGUAAAUCCCCACUUCACCCUGGCACCUCCUUCCCACCAGCCUCACCCCUGGCAGAGGCUGCGGGUGCCCUGGGAAAGGCUGGCUCCCUAAUCCCUGGGCCAAGCGGGGACAUUGUGCGGGGGCAGAAAGGAAAGCGGCGCGUCAGGCCCUUUGCCCAUUGUGCCCUGAGCCCCUGCGCAAACACAGCCCAGCACUUUCAUUGUCAGCCCGGCCGGGCGCGGGGGGGCCGCUCUCGCCACACUGCCUAAGUGGAAUGGACAGCCGGAGUCUGGGCUGGCCGAGCAGCCGUGCCCCGUCCCCUGGCUGCUGACACAGCGCCCUGGACGCCGCUCCAGCGGCGCUCCAGCGCCCGCUAUAAAGGGCCACAGGAGAAGCCGGCGCCGGCACCGCCACCUCCGCCUCUGUGCCCUGCCCUCCGACCAAGUAAGUACCAGACUGUGAGCCCCAGACCCCCGUGCACAGGCGCUGCCCCACAGCAAGCCCCCAGCCAGCCAAGGCUCACCCUGGGGAAGGGCAAGCGGCGGGGCGCUGUGUGCCACAGGGGCAGGAGGGACCCCGGCAGGAGGGAUGGAGGAGCCAGGCUGCUCUGCCCCGGGGCUACAGCCGCAUCUGAGCUGCGGUCACCGCCGCCUCCCAGCAGUGGGUACAGUGCCACCGCACCCAGACAGCUCCCGGAGCCACGGCAGGGAGCUUGGGAGAGGAAAAACUGAGGCAGUCCUGGGUACAUCACAUGGAGAGAUGGGGCACUGCAAAUUCCCCCAGCAACCUGGGGCUCACUGGACAGAGAUUCCCCCAGCAGGGAAGGAAAGGGAAUGGGAAAUGUCCCCCUGCCAGCCUGGGAGGGAAAGGGGCCAGUGGCAUGGGGUGUGUGAGGGCAGCUCCACCGGUAUGCCAGGCUCAGCAGCAGGUAGGAGGGUGGCUGGGGGCUGGUGGGGGGCACCGGCCCUGGGGUGAUCCGUGGGGCUCUGCCAGCAGCCGAGAGACCCGUAUGACCAGCAGUGAAGCCAUGGACACCCUGGGGCAGUACAAGAUCACGGUGUGGGAGGAGGAGAACUUCCAGGGCAAGCGCUGCGAGUUCCUCAUGGAGUGCCCCAGCAUCAUGGAGCGCGGCUUCCGCAAGAUCCGCUCCAUCAAGGUGGAGUCUGGCCCCUGGGUAGGCUUCGAGUACCCUGAGUACCAGGGACAGCAGUUUAUCCUGGAGAAGGGUGACUAUCCCCGGUGGGAGGCCUGGAGCGGGAACAGUGGCUACCGGACCGAGCACCUCCUCUCCUUCCGGCCUGUCAAAUGCGCAAACCACAAUGACAGCAAAGUCAUCCUCUACGAGGCUGAGAACUUCCAGGGUCACAAGUUUGAGCUGAGUGACGACUAUCCCUCGCUGCAGGCCAUGGGCUGGGGCAACAAGGAGGUGGCAUCCAUCAAAGUGAACGCCGGAGCGUGGGUGGCAUACCAGUACCCGGGAUACAGGGGCUACCAGUAUGUGCUGGAGCGGGACAGACAGAACGGCGAGUUCAAGAAGUACAAUGAAUACAGCAGCCAGGCCCACACCAACCAGAUCCAAUCCAUCCGCCGCGUCCAGCACUGAACUGGGGCAGGGCUGUGUGCCCUGCAGCCUCCAGGCUGCUGUGCAAUAGACCUCUAUCCGGUAGCAAAUAAAGGCAUUUGUCAAAAAAA